AUUUCCGCCUCUCAACAACCCCAGCCAUUCCGCCGCCAUUGCCAACGGGCCAUUAAGCUAUAAUUAAGCAUUUAAGCUCUCGAAACCAACGUUUCGUCGUUUUAAUCCAAUUCAAAACCCUGAUUUAAUGGCAGUCUCAUCUCCAAGCUUAUCCAUCCCUUUUCAAAACCGCCCAAGAAAAACGACUUCCUCUCACAAUGUCAUUUGGAGAAUAGAAUCAAAGUCUAUAGGGAAUCAGAGAGCACGGGAAUGGAAGCUAGUAGUGCUUUUAAAGACGAGCUGUUCGUGCGAUUCUUUCGUGAGGCCUGGCCGUAUUUUCUUGCUCACAGAGGCAGCAUUUUUGUUAUCGUGGUCUCUUCUGAAAUAGUCGAUAGCUUUCACUUAGAUCCCAUUCUCAUGGAUAUUUCUCUACUACAUGGGCUGGGAAACAAAUUUGUUAUUGUACCCGGGACCCAUGUCCAAAUAGACAGGCUUCUGGCUGAAAGAGGAUGUCAACCCAAGUAUGUGGGACGUUACGGAAUCACGGACUCUCAUGCUCUUAGUGAAGCAGCAGGGAGAAUUAGAAUCAUGAUUGAGGUGAAGUUUUCCCCUGGACCUUCCUUGAGUGGUAUCCGCCGGCAUGGAGACAAAAGUCAGUUGUAUGAUGGCGUCAGUGUUGCUAGAGCUAGUGGUAAUUUUCUAGCGGCUAAGAGAAGAGGAAUAGUUGAAGGAAUUGAUUAUGCAUCAACUGGUGAAAUUAAGAAAAUAGAUGUUUCUCGCAUUCGUGAAAGGCUUGAUCAGGACUGUAUAGUUCUUAUGAAUGAUCUCGGUUAUUCAACCUUGGGAGAAGUAUUAAAUUGCAACUCAUAUGAAGUUGCCACAGCUUGUGCAAUGUCUCUUGGAGCAGAGAAACUCAUUUGCAUAAUAGAUGGACCAAUUCUAGAUGAUUGUGGACGACUUAUUAAUUUCUUAACUCUUCAAGAUGCAGACCUGUUAAUUCGCAAGCGGGCUAGGCAAAGAGAGACAGCUGCUAAUUAUAUAAAAGCUGUUGGUCAGGACGUUUUCGCUUGUGUACCAUAUUAUGAUUUAAAUGGAACAGCCCCUUUGCAAAACGGGAAGGCUUUUGGCAAGAGGUAUAUUCCAAAAUUUCAGAAUGGUGUUGGUUUUGAUAGUGGAAAUAGACUUUGGUCCGGUGAACAAGGUUUCACUGUAGGAGGUCAAGAAAAACUCAGUGGGUUAAAUGGUUACCUCUCUGAUUUAGCUGCUGCAGCAUUUGUUUGCAGAGGAGGUGUGCAAAGAGUUCAUCUUUUAAAUGGGACUAAUGCUGGAGUUUUAUUGAAGGAAUUGUUUCAAAGAGACGGAGUUGGUACCAUGGUGGCUAGUGAUCUUUAUGAAGGAACUCGGAUGGCUAGAGUAGCAGUUCUCCCCGGAAUCAAACAACUUUUGCGACCUUUAGAAGAGUCUGGCACGUUGAUAAGAAGGACCGAGGAAGAGCUACUUAAAGCACUGAAUUCGUUCAUAGUCAUUGAAAGAGGACAAAUUAUAGCUUGCUCUGUUCUUUUUCCUUUUUUUGAAGAUAAGUGUGGAGAGGUUGCUGCUAUUGCUGUUUCUCCUGAAUGUCGAGGGCGAGGACAAGGAGACAAAUUACUUGAUUACAUUGAGAAGGCAUCUUCGCUAGGACUGCAAAUGCUUUUUCUACUGACAACACGAACAGCAGAUUGGUUCGCAAGGCGUGGCUUCUGCGAGUGUUCCAUUGAAUGUAUGCCUCAGAAAAGGAGGGAAAAGAUCAAUCUAUCUCGAAGAUCGAAGUACCAUAUGAAGAAUCUUCAACCUGAUAGGAGCGGUAUUCGUCUGGACACAGCUUUUUCCUGACAUGAUGCCAUUAGUGGCGCUUAUUUGUUGUCAUUGGUGUAAAAUUUGUGAAGAAAAAAGUUGAAAGAAGGCUGCUUUUGUGUUUCAUCGGAUCUCUAGUCCUAUUACACGAGGAAGUGUUGGAUCUGGCCCUGGCUGAAUAAUUCAUGAUUCCAAGUGAUAACUUUGUUUUUCCAAAUCCAUGGAAGUGGUGGUGCAACUUCUAAGAAGCAGUGCAGGCUAAUUGUGAAAUUCUGGAGUUAGAAUCUGGAACGUGCGACUACCAACUAGAGCUUUUAUGUUGCCCUUGAAACGACAAGCUAUUCAGAAAAUUGGCUUGUAUAGAGAGUAAAGAUAUUGUAUUGCUAAUAAGAAUAUACCGUAUAGCAAAGAUUUCAAGCCGAUUAGCUGAUCUGAACACGGUGAAUGGUUAUUUAAUGGGUUAACAACGUAAAUAGUCACUAAACUUUGCAAAAAGUUUUCACGGGGUCAUUGAAUUUUAAAAAUCACCCAAGUCAUCACUGAACUUUGUAAAAGGUUUCCACGUGAUCACUGAACUUUAAAAAUCAUCUCAUUCAUCAUUAAACAUUACAAAAGAUUUUCACGGGAUCAUUGAACUUUGUAAAAGGUUUUCUAGAGAUCACUGAAUUAGUGAUCCUCUGGAAAAAAGAUUGCAAAGUUAAGUGAUGAAUGAGAUGAUUUUUAAAGUUCAGUGAUCCCGUGGAAACCCUUCGUAAAAUUCAGUGAUGAGUUGGAUGAUUUUUAAAGUUCAGUAAUCCCGUGAAAACUUUUUGCAGAAUUUAGUGACCAUUUGGAUUAUUAACUCGGUUAUGUAAUACUCUCUAGUUCAGAGGUUCACGUAAUUGGCUCUUUAAGCU